AUGGGCCAACUGCGGGAUUUCAUCGAAAAUCACGGUGGUUUUGACAAAAGCAAAAUGAAAAUUCUUCACAAAGGUUUUCACUAAAUGCAUCAGAAGAAUGUUUAUUUUUCAUUUAGGUAAAAUAUUGAACCAGGAUGAUGCGCAUCCACUUUCCGAUUGCGGCUUCAAAGAGAACGAAAAAAUAAUAGUGAUGGGGGGACGGAAAGUUGUGAAGGUGAGCUGUUUUUCAAGAUUUCCAAAAUGAAGGUAUUUCUAGGACGAUCCUGGAUUCAGUUCUUUGGUCGCUUAUGAAAACAAACAUCUCGGACUGUUGAGAAAAACUUUGGAUGACAUUGAAAAAGAUAUCGGAGAGUUGGAAAAAAAUUAUUUAGAAGGUUCAUAGUCCAACAAGGCUGUUAAACCAUUUUUGGUUUCAGAGUCAAAGCAGAGAGAAAUGGCAAAACGGGUGGAAAAACGCGUAAAAAUUUUUAGUGAAGAUGCUUUGAGGCAUUUAGAAAACAUCGACGGGUUGGUUAUUGUUACCGACGACACAGAUCCUCAACAGGUUUUGAAAUCGCAAGAUUUUUUAUACGAAAAAAUGAAAUAACAGGCACAACGAAAUCGGGAGAAAAGGAAGAGCUUGAUCAACGGAAUUCAACUGUUGCUUAACGCAAACGAUGCUCUUUCCCGACGUCUCGAGGAAUAUUUCAUGAAACUUGAUGGAAAAGUGGUUGAAUAA